GGAGAAGAGGCGGGAGCCCUGCCAGUCCCCGCGGCUGGAAGAGAGCAGCCUGCCAGCCACGAUGCGCACCCCGCCUGCCCAGGCCGUCCCCGGGCUACCCCCGAACACCUGCGCGCCCCGGCCGGGUUCCGGGCUCUGAGCGCGCCGCGGCACAGGAUUCAGAAGCAUGUGAAAUAGAUUGCUUGGUCUAAAAUAGAAAAACAGUGGCAACGUUUUGCUGAGUUUCCAGACCUUUCCCAACAUGGAACCAAUAACCUUCACAGCAAGGAAACACCCAUUCCCUAACGAGGUCUCGGUGAACUUCGGCCUCCAGCUGGUGGGCUCCUUGCCUGUGCAUUCUCUGACUACCAUGCCCAUGCUGCCGUGGGUGGUGGCAGAGGUGCGAAGGCUCAGCGGGCAGUCUUCCAAAAAGGAGCCUGGCACCAAGCCAGUCCGCCUUUGUGUUUCGCCCUCUGGAUUGAGAUGUGAGCCUGAGCCAGGAAAAAGUCAACAAUGGGAUCCAUUGAUCUGUUCCAGCAUCUUCGAGUGUAAGCCUCAACGAGUUCACAAACUGAUUCACAAUAGUCACGACCCAAGUUAUUUUGCUUGUCUGAUUAAAAAUGAUGCAGCCAGUCAGCAGAGUAUCUGCUAUGUGUUCAAAGCCGAUGAUCAAACAAAAGUGCCUGAGAUCAUCAGUUCCAUCCGGCAGGCUGGGAAGAUCGCCCGCCAGGAGGAGCUCCGCUGCCCUUCGGAGUUCGAUGACACAUUCGCCAAGAAGUUCGAGGUGCUGUUCUGCGGCCGCGUGGCCGUGGCGCACAGGAAGGCUCCACCCGCCCUGAUCGAUGAGUGCAUCGAAGGCUUCAGUCACGUGAGCGGUGGCUUCUCCUCGGAUCAGUUCUGGUCUGCACUGCAGCCACCGGGGGAUGGGGAGCGGGGCCCGCGGCCGAUGCGCAAGUCCUUCUCGCAGCCCGGGCUGCGCUCCUUGGCCUUCCGAAAGGAGUUUCAGGAUGCAGGCCUGCGGAGUAGUAGUUUCUUCAGCUCUUUUGAGGAGAGCGACAUCGAGAACCACCUGAUUAGUGGACACAAUAUUGUGCAGCCGACAGAUAUUGAGGAAAAUCGAACUAUGCUCUUCACGAUUGGUCAAUCUGAAGUUUACCUCAUCAGUCCUGACACCAAAAAAAUAGCGUUGCAGAAAAAUUUUAAGGAGAUAUCCUUCUGCUCUCAGGGUAUUAGACAUGUGGACCACUUUGGGUUCAUCUGCCGUGAGUCUUCCGGAGGUGGAGGCUUUCAUUUCGUCUGUUAUGUGUUUCAGUGCACAAAUGAAGCUCUGGUGGAUGAGAUCAUGAUGACCUUGAAGCAGGCCUUCACGGUGGCUGCUGUGCAGCAGACAGCGAAGGCGCCAGCCCAGCUGUGUGAGGGCUGCCCCCUGCAGGGCCUGCACAAGCUCUGCGAGCGGAUCGAGGGAAUGAAUUCUUCCAAAACCAAACUAGAACUCCAGAAGCACCUGACAACAUUAACUAAUCAGGAGCAAGCAACUAUUUUUGAGGAGGUUCAGAAAUUGAGACCAAGAAAUGAGCAACGAGAGAAUGAAUUGAUUAUUUCUUUCCUGAGAUGUUUAUAUGAAGAGAAGCAAAAAGUUCACAUCCAUAUUGGGGAGAUAAAACAGACGUCACAGAUUGCAGCAGAGAAUAUUGGAAGCGAAUUACCAUCAAGUGCCACUCGAUUUAGGCUAGAUAUGCUGAAAAACAAAGCGAAGAGGUCUUUAACAGAAUCUUUAGAAAGUAUUUUGUCUCGGGGUAAUAAAGCCAGAGGCCUCCAGGAACACUCAGCCAGUUUGGAUCUGGACAGCUCCUCCGUGUCUAGCAUGUUCAGUAACACCAGCAAAGAGCCGUCUGGCUGUGAAAAGGAGGCCUUGCCCAUCUCCGAGAGCUGCUUCAGGCUCCUCGGCUCCUCGGACGACCUGUCCAGUGACUCGGAGAGCCAACCCACAGAAGAGCCAGCCCUGCUCUCGCCCAAGCAGGGCUUCCGAAGGCGCGCCAACACCCUGAGUCAUGUUCCCGUGGAAUGCCAGGAGCCUCCCCAGCUGGUGCGAGGGUCUCCAGGGGUCUCGCAAAGGAAACUUGUGAGGUAUCACUCAGUGAGCACAGAGACGCCUCAUGAACGAAAUGGGAAUUGUCCACCUGUUGGCGAGUCUCAAAGUCCCUCAGGUCAGUCUUCAGCUCCUGCUCCUCCACCUCGUCUUAACCCCUCCGCCUCCUCGCCUAAUUUUUUUAAGUACCUCAAACAUAACCCGAGUGGAGAACAGAGUGGGAAUGCCGUGCCAAAGAGCAUCUCCUACCGUAAUGCCCUGCGGAAAAAACUUCAUUCCUCUUCCUCUGUGCCAAAUUUUCUAAAAUUUCUGGCUCCUGUAGAUGAAAAUAACACCUCUGACUUUAUGAACACUCAAAGGGACUUUGAGUCCAAAGCUGACCACAUCAGCGAUGCCAGCAGGACCCCUGUGAAGACACGGAGACACUCGUGGAGGCAGCAGAUCUUCCUUCGGGUGGCCACCCCCCAGAAGGCCUGCGAGUCCCCCAAAAGAUACGAAGAUUACUCAGAGUUGGGAGAGCUUCCCCCACGAUCUCCACUAGAACCAGUUUGUGAAGAUGGACCCUUUGGCCCUGUCCCAGAGGAAAAGAAAAGAACAUCUCGUGAACUUCGGGAGCUGUGGCAAAAGGCCAUUCUACAACAGAUAUUGCUGCUCAGGAUGGAGAAGGAAAAUCAAAAACUGCAAGCCUCUGAGAAUGAUUUGCUGAACAAGCGCCUAAAGCUUGAUUAUGAAGAAAUCACUCCCUGUCUUAAAGAAGUGACUACAGUGUGGGAAAAGAUACUUAGCACUCCAGGAAGAUCAAAAAUUAAGUUUGACAUGGAAAAAAUGCACUCGGCUGUUGGCCAAGGUGUGCCACGACACCACCGGGGUGAAAUCUGGAAAUUCUUGGCGGAGCAGUACCACCUGAAGCACCCGUUUCCCUGCAAACAGCAGCCCAAGGACACGCCCUACAAAGAGCUCUUAAAGCAGCUCACCUCCCAGCAGCACGCCAUUCUCAUCGACCUUGGGCGAACCUUUCCAACACAUCCGUACUACUCUGCUCAGCUAGGAGCAGGGCAGCUGUCACUUUACAACAUCCUAAAGGCCUACUCGCUUCUAGACCAAGAAGUGGGCUAUUGCCAAGGUCUCAGCUUUGUAGCAGGCAUCCUGCUGCUUCAUAUGGGUGAAGAAGAGGCGUUUAACAUGCUCAAGUUUCUGAUGUUUGACAUGGGACUGCGGAAACAAUAUCGGCCGGACAUGAUUAUUUUACAGAUCCAGAUGUACCAGCUCUCGAGGCUGCUCCACGACUACCACAGGGACCUCUACAACCACCUGGAGGAGCACGAGAUUGGCCCCAGCCUCUACGCUGCGCCCUGGUUCCUCACCGUGUUUGCCUCACAGUUCCCCCUGGGCUUCGUCGCCAGAGUCUUUGAUAUGAUCUUUCUUCAGGGAUCAGAGGUCAUAUUUAAAGUGGCUUUAAGUCUGCUGGGAAGCCAUAAGCCCUUGAUUCUGCAGCAUGAAAACCUAGAAACCAUAGUUGACUUUAUAAAAAGCACACUACCCAACCUGGGCUUGGUGCAGAUGGAGAAGACUAUCAGUCAGGUGUUUGAGACGGACAUCUCAAAACAGUUACAAGCUUAUGAAGUUGAGUACCACGUGCUUCAGGAAGAGCUUAUCGAUUCUUCUCCUCUCAGUGACAACCAAAGAAUGGACAAACUAGAGAAGACCAACAGCAGCUUACGCAAACAGAACCUUGACCUCCUUGAACAGCUGCAGGUCGCCAACGGGAGGAUCCAGAGCCUGGAAGCCACUGUUGAGAAGCUCCUGUCUAGUGAGAGCAAGCUGAAGCAGGCGACCCUGGCCUUGGAGCUGGAGAGGUCAGCCCUGCUGCAGACGGUGGAGCAGCUCCGGAGGCAGACGGCAGAGCUGGGCCGCCAGGAGUCUGACCCCACACUGCCCAAGCCCUCGGGUGACUGAUGGCCUGGGGCCCAGCUCCUGCCAGCCCACAGCUCCAGAACAGGUGUGGCCACCACCCUGACACUGUCCAGGCCUUAACUGAGAGAGAUGAAAAUGCUGGAGGAGAACGAAGCGUGCUUCUCAGGGAGGAGACUGGCUUGCCAGCGCACACAUUCUUCUGAACUGACUCACAAUGCAGGGGACGAACGUCCCAGUGUUUUUGUUGUUGUUUAAGUUUAAUUCUUCCCUUUUCCAGUCUUGAUUACUGUACUCAGUAGAUUAGAUGGCAUGGACUCGAAUAAAUGCACCUUUAUGUUUC